AUGGCGGCCGCCGAGGGAUCCUCCUCGCGAUCGCUGAGCGGUACCGCGGGAUCUCCCCUUCCCCGAACAACGCCUGGGCAGCUCACAUCCCCCUCUUCCCCACGAUCGGAACGGACCGCGUCCCCCAUUCCUCCAUCCAACGCUUCGGCCUACUCGUACUCUUCGGCACAAGGCUCUCGCUCCGGUUCAGGCUCCACCUCGCACCACACACAUACCCCCGUCUCCCCACAAUAUACUUUUGGAGGGCACACCCCAAUGUCACCCCAGUCGUUCGCGUCUGGCACGACAGCGGGCUUGUUGCCCACCCACCUCGCCGUCCCCGACCCUGACGAGCUGGGGACCGUCCUCGAGGGUGAAAGAGAGAUCGACCUGGGGACACCCCCCACCCUCUCGCCAGAACCCCAACCCCAGCCCCAGCAUCCCGACCCAUCCGGUGAGGACGCGCGCGCCGGGUCGCCAGAGUCGGUCGCCAGCGCCGCCUCGAUGGGCGGGACACCAACCAGCCGCUCCCAUCAAUCCGGCCACUCUUCGUGGCAGUUUCACGAAUCGCACGCAGCCAGUUCUGCCGCAAUCAACAUUGCUCACAAACAACGUGUAUCGCAGGCCCCACCCCUCCCGGACAAGCCAUACACUGCGCCACCCAGCGCCACCAACCGUCCAUUGACGCCCACCGCUGCCACAAGUCUACUCGCUGCUGCCGCCUCCAGUCUGGCUACGCCCACAAUGUCGGCCACCCGGCUAUCUACCAGUACCAUGGCGUCUUCCAUACGGCGAAAGUCGCGCACUGGUGCAAAAUCACCGCUUGGCGACGAGGACGCACCGCCUGUUCCGUCUGUGCCAACCGGAGCCAUGUAUAUGCCGAGCGCGGGGCCUAGCGCCGCGGCUGAACUAAAGGCCGCCAUAGAUGCCGGUGCGGCACCGCCACACUAUUCUUUCCUGGAUCAGGACCCUACCGAAGCCGACGAAAACUCACCCCCGCACGGCGGUGUAAUGACCUUUAGUGGCAGUGACCGGCGCGCGAGCAGCGCGUCGGCGCUUGUGCAUGGUUCCAGCCCACAUUCGUCCAAUUCGACGCGCAAGCACCUCUCGUUCCAGAGCCAACAGUCGGAAGCGUUUGGCUAUGGCGGCUACGGGACAAGCAGUAGUAUGGCCGACGUCGGCGACUCGACCGGGAGCGGGAGUCAGGCGGGCAAGACAGACCGCACUGCGCGUCUGUCCGCCCAGAGUUUCAGAGACCAGUGGCCGACGUUUGCUGGCGGCCCUGCACCCGCGUGGGGCAAGCGCGAGUCGAACCGCUUCUCGCUAAAGAGCUUCAAGUCGGGCCGCUCGGGCAAGUCACGCAACGGCAAGCGCCGCAGUAACGGCAACCCUCUCGAUGUGGCAGGUAGAGGCAGCAACGAGACAGACGAUUGGGUCGACGACGACGAAGCCGACCUCGUUGCAUUGAUGCGUCGCGCGGCCGUCCUCGAACGUCUGUUGCGGCACGGGAAACGCGCGUCCAACAUGAAUGCCAAUCCGCGCAUGGUGCAAAGGUACUCGCACUGGUCGAUUGCGUCAACGUCUCUGUCCAACUAUGGCCCGAGCCGUGUGGCGACGUCGCGGUCUAGAUCUGGCUCCCCGGUCAAGUCGCAAACGCCGCCACCACAAAGGCGAUCAGCGAGUAGCGCCACGACCCACACCCACCGCUCGAAACGCAGUGCUACCAGCUCGCUUCGCCACCGCCUCCAGCGCAAACUGGGGAUGCGUACUGGCGGGCGCGACUUCCAGGAGGUGGGCAGUGACGACGGCGGGGACUUGACCGAGCCCGACAUGACUGUAGAGGGGAUUGAGGACGAUAGCAGCAUGUCGAUAAGAACGCCGCAGACACCCAUCCGGCGCGCGUUCUCGACCAGCUUCAGCCAGCAGCGCGUGACGCCAUCCCCGAAUGCCGGAGUGGGCGUCAUUGUCUUUCCCGAGCUCGCUGCCCUCCCUCCUCUCGAGCCACCGCGCCACGACGGCGAGGUGUGCGCACAGGCCUGCCUCCCACCCUCCGUGGCUGUGCCAUAUACACCGCUCGCCCCUCCUCCAGAGGCCAAGCGCGACUCGCGUAUCAAGAACAAGCACACGCGCACGGCGAGUGGCGGCUCUGACGGCCUCCUUCAUCAGCGCUCGCUCCGUUCGCUUAAGAAUCUUCGCCACGCGUUUGACGAAAAGGCGGGCGGCGGGUUCAGCGACAACCGCGCCUCAGUCCACAGUGCCACGGUCCUCAUGGGCGACGUGCCGACCUGCGACCAGCGCUUUGGCGUGCGUCGCGCGCGACGACUGCGCAUUGUCGCAGCCAUUGUCUGCAUCUGCGGCAUCAUUCUCAUCGUGGGCCUCCUCGCUGGCCUCCUUACCCGACGCGAUAGACAAUAA